GGUGAGCGAGCGGCUUCCCGAGUGGCUUUUCGUCGCUUUCCGGAGGCCGGGGAACUGAGACGGUGUCCCCGGAGACGCAGGUCGGGCGGAGCCGGCGGCCGUCCUGGCUGCCUUCUCCGUUGACUCUCACAUGCUACCAAACACGCUUUUCAUUUUGUUUUUGACUUUUGAGUUCCAGUUACAGCGCUAUAAAAUUGAUAUUAAAAACAUGGUUUUCACGCUACUUCAUCAACGCAGUUAAGUUUUCUUUUUGGAUCUCUAUUUUAUACCACAAUGCAACAAGCUUUAGAACUAGCUUUGGAUCGUGCGGAGUAUGUCAUUGAAAGUGCCCGACAGAGACCUCCUAAAAGGAAAUACUUAUCUAGUGGAAGAAAAUCUGUAUUUCAAAAACUUUAUGACUUAUAUAUUGAAGAAUGUGAAAAAGAGCCUGAAGUUAAGAAAUUAAGAAGAAAUGUGAACUUGUUAGAGAAGCUUGUCAUGCAAGAGACAUUGUCAUGUUUAGUGGUCAACCUAUACCCAGGAAAUGAGGGAUAUUCUUUGAUGCUCAGGGGGAAAAAUGGAUCAGAUUCUGAGACCAUUCGACUGCCUUAUGAAGAAGGAGAAUUGCUUGAAUACUUGGAUGCAGAAGAAUUGCCUCCUAUCUUGGUUGAUCUCCUAGAAAAAUCUCAGGUUAAUAUUUUUCAUUGUGGAUGUGUCAUAGCAGAAAUACGUGACUACAGGCAGUCCAAUAAUAUGAAAUCUCCAGGUUACCAAAGUAAGCACAUUCUCUUACGUCCAACAAUGCAGACUUUAAUCUGUGAUGUACAUUCAAUAACAAGUGAUAACCAUAAGUGGACCCAGGAAGACAAACUUUUGCUUGAGAGCCAACUGAUCCUAGCUACAACUGAACCACUGUGUCUUGAUCCUUCUAUAGCUGUAACAUGCACUGCAAACAGGUUGCUUUAUAACAAGCAAAAGAUGAACACGCACCCAAUGAAACGGUAUUUCAAGAGGUAUUCUAGGUCGUCUCUGAAUCGACAGCAGGAUCUGUCUCACUGUCCACCUCCUCCUCAGCUAAAAUUACUUGAUUUCAUACAAAAAAGAAAGGAAAGAAAAGCAGGUCAGCAUUAUGACCUCAAAAUUUCUAAAGCAGGAAAUUGUGUAGAUAUGUGGAAACGGAGUCCCUGUAAUUUGGCCAUACCUUCUGAAGUGGAUGUGGAGAAAUAUGCUAAAGUGGAAAAGUCUAUCAAAUCUGAUGACUCACAACCAACAGUCUGGCCAGCCCAUGAUAUAAAAGAUGAUUAUGUAUUUGAAUGUGAAGCUGGUAAUCAGAAAACAAAGCUGACCAUUUUGCAGUCACUUGGUGAUCCACUUUACUAUGGUAAAAUUCAGCCAUGUAAAGAAGAUGAAGAAACUGACAGCCAGAUGUCGCCAUCCCACUCCUCCACAGAUGAUCAUUCAAAUUGGUUCAUUAUUGGAUCAAAGACUGAUGCUGAGAGGGUAGUUAAUCAGUACCAGGAAUUGGUCCAGAAUGAAGCUAAGUGUCCAGUCAAGAUGUCGCACAGCUCCAGUGGCUCAGCCAGCUUGAGUCAGCUUUCUCCAGGGAAAGAAACAGAACAGCCUGAGACCCUGUCGGUUCAGUCUUCAGUACUGGGAAAAGGAAUAAAACAUCGACCUCCACCCAUCAAAUUUCCCUCAAGCUCAGGAAAUAGUUCCUCAGGUAACUAUUUUACACCACAACAGGCCAGCAGCUUUCUUAAAUCUCCAACUCCUCCUCCUGCUUCUAAGCCACCAAGUCUUUCUCGGAAGUCAUCUGUGGAUCUCAGUCAAGUUAGCAUGCUUUCUCCAGCUGCCCUGUCACCUGCCAGUUCAUCACAAAGAUCUGGAACUCCUAAGCCAUCUACUCCUACACCAACCCCUUCAUCGACCCCACACCCUCCUGAUGCUCAGAGCUCAACUCCUAUUACCCUUUCAGCCACCCCUACUCCCCAAGAUUCAGGCUUCACCCCUCAGCCCACUUUGUUAACUCAGUUUGCUCAGCAGCAAAGGUCUCUGAGCCAGGCAAUGCCUGUAACGACCAUUCCUCUUUCCACCAUGGUAACAUCUAUAACUCCAGGAACCACACCCACCCAGGUCAUGGCAAACUCUACUGGACUUAACUUCAUCAAUGUAGUGGGCUCUGUUUGUGGAGCUCAGGCUUUGAUGAGUGGUUCAAACCCUAUGCUGGGCUGUAACACUGGUGCCAUAACUCCUGCGGGAAUAAACCUGAGUGGCCUUCUCCCCUCAGGAGGUCUGCUACCAAAUGCAUUGCCCGGUACAAUGCAGGCAGCUUCUCAAGCAGGUGUUCCAUUUGGUUUAAAAAAUACUUCAAGUCUCAGGCCCUUGAAUCUACUUCAGCUUCCAGGUGGUUCACUAAUUUUCAACACAUUGCAGCAGCAGCAGCAGCAGCAGCAGCAGCAGCAGCUCUCUCAGUUUACACCCCAACCUCAACCCACAACUUCUAGUCAACAGCCAGGGGAGCAGGGUUCUGAACAAAGCUCAACCAGUCAAGAACAGGCCUUAUCUGCUCAGCAUGCUGCUAUUAUUAAUCUUGCUGGAGUAGGAAGUUUUAUGCAGUCACAGGCAGCUGCAGUUGCGAUUCUUGCAGCAUCAAAUGGCUAUGGCAGCAGCAGCACAAACACCUCAGCUACAUCGUCAACGGCAUACAGGCAGCCAGUCAAAAAGUAAAACGAAGAGAGGCACACCAACCACUCCAAAAUUCUGAAUCUUGCAUUAAUUUUUCUUUUUUAAAAAUGUAAGAGCAAUGAAUCAAAAGGAAUCUGAGUUUCUACUUCAUUUUUGUUUUUAAAAACAUACCAGUAUUUUACAUUGCUUAAUGUACAGACUUUAUACAUAAGCACAACCCUAUGAUUUUUAAAUAAAAACAGGGAAAUGCUUUAAUAAACCAUUAGGGUUGGUUUAAGUCACUGCUUUUUCAAAAUUGUUUCACUGUACAUAAUACAUGUAGAAUACAAGUGGAAGUGGCCUAAGAAAUACUAGAAACAUCUUUCGGAAGAAUGUAAUUUGAUAUUUAUUUAGUAUAAAAGAUUUGUGCACAGUGUAACAAAUACAGUUUUUACAAAUAUAUUUUGAAAAUGUGGUUA